AUGUCUUUCGCCGAUAUCUCCAAGAGCUUGAGCGACAUUGAGCGCAAGGUCACGAAGUCCAACAAGAUCAUCGCAAAGGGCGCCGACUUGAACUAUAAGGAUGCCAUCAAGCUGGGCACCAAGUCCAACUCGAUUUGCAACACUAUCAAGAAAGGCAUUAAGGACUACGGAAGCUUCAACCCUACCGACGAUGAGGCCAAGAAGCUCCUCAACCAGAUGAGCACCGUCGUGGAUCUAACCGAGACCCAACUGAACUCCAUGGUCGCCAAUCAGGCCCAGUUUGACAAGCUCAAGGUUGGUGGCUUGGUGAAGAAGAACGUCGAGAAGACGGAGGUGGCCAGCAAGGAGCUGUCUCAGGUCAUGGUUUCCAAGGCUCCGGCCGACAUCAAGGGCGAGGCUGAGGCCCUGGAGAAGAGACGUGCCGCUGCUUUCGGCAAGGCGACGGCGGCCUUUGCUGGUGCCACGGGCGGUGAGGACGAGCAGCUCGGCGAUGACUCCGACUAG